AUGUAUAGGGAAAGGCUAGAGGGCUAUAAAAAGAUCUUGUUCUCUGGACAACAAGCUAAGCGCAAUGGGAUCGAGUACUUCUGGGUGGACACGUGCCGCAUCGACAACACAAGUUCUGCCGACCUGAAUGACCUACGUCGAAUCUCUAGCAGUGUUUGUACAGCUUGCAAAUCUCUUCGUCGUCGCUGGCGUCCUAUUGUGUGGGUUUGCGGCACCUCGUCACCUUCGAAGGACCAUUAUCUCCUUUCUAUCCACCACAUUUGGAAUGAGCCUGGGACAGGAGACGAUAAAAGGGAGGUGCUCCUGGCCAACUGGCAUUCUGAUGAUGGUAAAUGUUACCAGAUUAACGAUGGCCCAAUCUCUUUGGGGAGCCAUAAGGCUUUCCCUACGGCUCCCAUAGACCCUCAAGGUGCCGAUUUAUGGUGCCAGAUUGACCUACAACUCCCUAUGAACAUUCGUGAUUACUAUACGCUUUACUGGGUUUGGGAAUGGCCGACUAUUCAUAGUAGGACGGCCCCACAAGGCCGUAUGGAGGAUUACACGAGUUGUAUGGAUGUUCAAAUCCUGUCGGGCAUUUCAGGAUGGGCUGGUCUCAUUCGAGAAAGCAUUUCUCGAUUGAUGAGACGGCCAAACGUUCAGAUUUUGCGACAUGAACGGACUAAGAAGGAAACUUUCUUUACAGAGGGCAAAGUGAACAGUGUAUCUCAAACUUUCGCACUUCGAUCUGAUGAUGCUGGUACUACCAUCAAAAUGGCAUGGAACGAAUAA